AUGACUGCUGUGGAUGCAGAAGGCCAAUUGGCCGAUCUGAAACUGAACGGCUCAGAAGCACCUGCGAAACAGAACGGCACAUCAGCACCAACCGGAGCGAACGGCGAUGUAGAAGCGGGCGAAUCCGACGACGACGAGGCCGACGAGGCGGAGAACGCUGGCGGCGAUGGUGAAGGCGAGGGAGCAGCAAAGAAAAAGAAAAAGAGAAAGCCACGCAAGAAGAAGAAGGCUGGUGCCUCGUCAACACCCGGAGGAGGUGCAAAGGCGCAAACCAAGCCACCCACUCGCAAAGUCUCAGAUCUGUUCCCAGACAACUCAUAUCCCAUUGGCGAGGAAGUUGAAUACAAAAAUGAUAAUGCAUAUCGAACCACGAGCGAGGAGAAGCGCCAUCUUGAUCGCAUGAACUCAGAUUACCUGACCGAUUACCGUCAGGCAGCAGAGGUGCAUCGUGAAGUGCGGAAAUAUGCCAAAUCGGUCAUCAAGCCUGGCAUGUCUCUUACCGAGAUCGCGGAGACGAUCGAGAACGGAACUCGCCACUUGACUGGACAUAUGGGUCUGGAGGAGGGCGACAACCUACUCGGAGGCGUGGCCUUUCCGACUGGCUUGUCGCUCAACCAUUGCGCAGCACACUACACGCCCAAUGCCGGCAACAAGACGAUUCUCAAAGAAGAGGAUGUCAUGAAAGUGGAUUUUGGUGUGCACGUCAAUGGAAGAAUCGUGGACUCAGCUUUCACAGUCGCAUUCCAGCCACAAUACGACAACUUGCUGGCAGCUGUUAAGGAUGCCACUAACACUGGUAUCCGACUUGCAGGUAUCGAUGCCAGAAUGGCAGAAAUCGGUGAGGGUAUCCAGGAAGCCAUGGAGUCCUACGAGGUGGAGAUCAACGGGCAGACAUUCCCAGUCAAGGCCAUUCGCAACUUGAACGGUCACACGAUCAGCCAAUACAGCAUUCACGGUGGCUCAUCGGGCAAGUCCGUGCCAAUCGUGAAGGGUGGAGGCAAUGAGAAGAUGGAGGAAGGCGAGACAUACGCCAUUGAGACAUUUGGGUCCACUGGAAAGGGCUAUGUUCGCGAUGACAUGGAGACUUCGCACUACGCAAAGAUUGCAGAUGCGCCAAAGGUGGCGCUCAGAGUAGCAAGCGCCAAGACACUGCUCAAGUCGAUCGACAAGAACUUCGGCACUUUACCGUUCUGUCGACGAUACCUGGAUCGUCUUGGACACGAGAAGUAUCUGCUUGGCCUGAACAACUUGGUUCAGAGCGGCAUUGUGCAGGACUACCCGCCACUUGUCGAUAUCAAGGGAUCCUACACUGCACAAUACGAGCACACGAUCCUGCUCAGGCCGAACGUCAAGGAAGUCGUGUCGAGAGGCGACGAUUACUAG